GAGUCAGUCCUGAGUUCUCGCGAUGCGAGAUUUGAGCAACCAGACUGCAAGACCGACACGAUUCCAGUAAGCGUACCGACAAAAUUCCGAAAUGUCGGGUCGCUCGGUUCGCGCUGAGACCCGAAGUCGCGCAAAAGAUGACAUGAAGAAAGUGAUGGCCGCCAUUGAGAAGGUACGAAGAUGGGAAAAGAAAUGGGUCACAGUUGGAGAUACAUCAUUAAGAAUAUUCAAAUGGGUACCUGUGGUGGACACGAAAGAGAAGGAAAAGAACAAAGUGUCUGUGGGUGAGGAGAUUCAACGGAAUAAUUUCCCCACGGAGGAGUCAUCUGAUAAUGCAUGCUCUGUACUAUUAGAUUUUCAAGAUGAGAACAGCAACCAGAGUUCUCUCUCGGACUCGUAUCAACCUAAAGCUGCAGCAGACAGCAGUAGUUACUCCAGUCCUCAGCCCAGUGAACCUGUCAGCCCUGCACCUCAGACUCUAGACUACCGCACAGAUGACCCACAACCGCCCACCCUUGGCCAGGAAAGCAUGGAAGAACCGCUGCUGCAAUCAAAUGAGGUCGCCGAUGAGCCGCCAACACUCAUCAAAGAAGAUCUUGUACCCCUCACGGCUCAGGAGGACGAGGACAGCUGUGGAGCCCCUCCCUUAAAAAGAAUCUGUACCGAGCAGGUCUCGGUUAUCCAGGCGACUCCUCUAAGCUAACACACACAGACACACACUGCGUGCACUGGGCAUUGAUAAUCAGACUGAUCACUUGACCUUCCUAUAACUGCUGCGAAAGACACAUUAUGGACCAGACAUCAAAAAGGCACUAUAUUUAUUAUGACCUACAAUUGUCGCAACAUUUUAGAUUUACAAAUCUUUUCCCUUUGUUUUUAACUGUUCUUCCCUGAUUCAUUCAAUAAUUACAGACGAAAACUGAAAGAAACUGGACAUUCCUGUUUACAGGAAAAGGAAAUGAAUGUAGUGGCAAGAUAACACCCUUAUUGUUGUUAUUACAGUUACUGUUUUUGUGCUGUAGCUUUAUUUUAUAAGCAUUGGAAUGUGACGCUUAUUUAAAAAGUUUAGCCAUUAUACGGAAACGAGUUGAUUGAAAGCUUAGCCAUCAUUGGAGAAUGAUGACCUGAAUCAAACGUGUAAAUUUAUGCGACAAGAACAGUUCAAACCUAAUUUAAAAGAUAAACGUAAAGUCUUUAUUAUAAUUCCCCACCUCGUUAACUUUAAUAAAUAUAACAACUCACGAUGCAGGAUGUCUUUUCAAACAAGUUCAGUUAGUUUUAAUAUUAGUUAGUUUGCAAUUUAGAAGUCAUUCUGGAGAUGAAUGUUUAAGUUAAGAUUUCAAAGAUGUGAAUAAUAUCUUGAUUUUCUGUUGGUAGAUUCUGGACUCUGGGUAUCUUUAACCUGCAACAAGUACAUUUUCUUUAUCUUUUUUCAUCCUAUUAUUGAAUAUGUUUAUACGUUUAAGUAAUUGAAACGCUUUUCUUGCUGCAGGCAACUGAAAGCCCCUGUCUUUUAUGCCACCGUUAUUUCAUUUAUUUAGGACAGGGUUACACAUACACUGAAAGAAGUGCUUAUUUAGUACAGUAUGUUGUUAUUCAUCUAAAUAUUAAGGAGUAUUUAAGUUAAUUUUCUUUGUUACAUUUCCGCCUUUGCCCUUUUAUUGCACACUGGUUGUUAAUCCAUGUUGUUAAAGCAGUCAUAUUGUUAUUUAAACCAAAUAUCAUUAAAAUAUUGCUCACAUUGCCAGGA